UUAUAAAAGAGGAAUCGCGUUCCGGCCGUGAGCAUUCGGUUUCGAAGAUGUUCGGCAAGAGCAUGGGUUCUUCGGGAACACCCAGGAAGCAGAAGCUGACUUCCGGUACCGGAUUUCUGGCCAGACCACGGCUGGGCGGACUCAAGAGCAACUACUUGAGCAAACCGCUGACCAACUUCAGCAUGGACAAGAAGAAGAAAGUUAAAAAACCGUUUACUCCCAAAUUGGAAUACAGGAAGAAACCUGAUUACGCCGAUACAGCAUACAAAGAAGCCGUGUCCCGUUUAAGGAUACUCUUGGCAGAAACCUACACUCCUGUUAAAAGGACGAUGCGGGACUUUGACAGUGCAGGAGAUGAAACCGAUAAUCAAUCGAUCAUCAGCGGCGUCAGCAGAAUUUCGAAAUACCCACCGUUUACUUCGACGUCAAAGAAGUAUCCUUAUUACACGCCAAGAACAACGACCACUCACAUAACUAACAUUGAGAAACACGAAAUACCCAAUAAAUUUGAGUCUCAAAUAAUACCGCCGGAAUUAUCAACGUUCAUGGAACGGCAGGAAGAUUACAUCGAGCAAUUAGAGAAAGAGUCCAGAUUCUGUAAGGAUGAAUUGUCUACAUUGCUGAGCAAAGUCAAAGAUAUAAUUUUCGAGAACGACUCGCUGCAUGAGAAACAGAAGAGCAGUCUGAUGAAAUCCGUUUUCGAUCAGUUCGAAACUGAAACCGAAACAGAAACGGAAGCGGAGAUGAGCAAGUUGAAGUCUCCGAAGAAAUCGAGGAAGCAGAAGGUACUUGAAGGUCCAUCUAUAGUUUUUGAGUCUCGAAUAUCCGAGCUGGAGGCGCAGCUCACGCAAAUUCGAAUCGAACUGAAGAAGUCUCAGGAGGAGAACGAUACGUUGAGGAAGAAAGUAUCCGAUUGCGAUUAUGGUGAAGGCGCCGGGAUCAAUAAGAAUCUCAUGGACAAUUUGACAAGGGAGAAGAACGUUUUGCAGGAGACCGUUUCGAAGCUGCAGUCCGCUUUGAAUCUGCUGAGAGAUAAAGAGCAAAAUACGAGUGAUCAGGUUAAGAGGAGUCUGGAUGUGGCUGAGCAGGCUCAGUACGAGAAGACCGCCGCGGAGCACGAGAUCAGACGUCUGAAGGAUGAAUUGGAGAGGCAACAUUCAAAAUUAAGAGAAUCCAUUAAUGAUCAGAAUCGUAGAAUUGCUGAUGAACGUUCGGCUGUUGAAAGAAGAUACACGCAGCAAAUUGAGCAGCUCACAUCGGAAUUGGGCGUUCAUUGGGAGCAAAACGGAAAGUUGCAAUUGGAAUUGGAUAAGCAGAGGCGCGAAAGCACGGAUUCGAGAAGAGAGUUGGCGCAAAAGCAGGCGCUCAUCGAUGAAUUGAAGAAGGAAAUGCAGAACAAAAUAAUAACUCUUCAAUCUGAUAUUGGAGUAAGCGGAGCGGAGAAGAGCGCUUUGGAACAGCAGAUCUCUUCGCUCCAGAUGGCCAACGAGAGAAACGAAAGACAGUCGAAACAGGAGGUUGCUAGGAUGCAGGUGGAAAUGCAGUCGCUCAGGCAACGGUUGGAUAGAGCCGAUGCGGAUUCCAUUCACAGCAAGAGGGAGAAUAUUCGAUUAACUGAGCUAAUUGCUGCUUUAGAGAAGGAAAUAAAUAUGAAUGCUGCAUUGUCUGAUGAGAGAUCGAAGAGAUCAGAAGCUAUAGCUUUGCCAUCGGUGAAAGAAGAGAAGGAAAAAGAUAUGGGUUUAAUGAUUAAGAAUAUUGAAAACAAACACGCGGCCACUGUGGCCGAACUGGAGGGAAUGAUCCAAUCGCAGAAUCAACUCAUGGACAAACUGUCGUCAGACUGUCAUGUGCUUACCCAGAAGCUGGAAGAAUCCAGCAACAAACAUAAGGAGGAAAUACGGGAACUACAAACUAACUUAGACUAUUUGAGUAAUAAGUUUAGUCAAUCCCAGAUUAAAUCUCCUGAUAAUCAAGAUGAAAUCAACGGCAUUUCGAAAGUCGCACCGCACGCAACUCCGAAGAAUAUUAAGGAAACCGCACCAAAAAAUAACGUAGAAUCCGCAGAGCAGCAACAGCAAAACCACGAAUCGAAAGAAGAUGCAAAACCAGAAGGAAAUGAAGAUGAAGUAAAUUAUUACAAUAAUCCGGAAGAAAUGCAGUACGCUCCUAAUCAAGAAGAUUACCAAAGCAAUCCUGCAGAAGUAUACGGCGAUCAACAGGAAGCUUAUCCUGCGGAGCAAUACGAUCCUAAUUUGCAGGAGAAUUACUCUGCAGAACAGUAUGUUCCAGGAGGCCAAGAUCCUAAUUUGGAGAGUUAUCCUGCAGAGCAAUACGAUCAGGAGCAGUAUUCUGGUGAGCAAUACGAACAGGAUCCAAAUUAUCCAGCUGAACAGUACGAUGCUAAUUAUUCCGAAGAGCAGUACGAUCAAACUCAGUACGAUCCGAAUCAGGGAUAUUCUGAGCAAGCCGAUCCAAAUGCCGAAGUUGCAUACCAAGAGACAACUCAGCAGGAGGAACUUAAAUAGUUUUAAUUGUAUUUUUAGAAAUGUUGUUGCUGUUGGUUUCUAA